GGGUUUAGUGAGUGACAGACUGGUGAGACUUAUUUUUCACCUUGUCUCUCGCCCACCCUCCCCCAUUUGCUCCUCCGACAGCCUCCAGUCCUGACAGUUUGCUCCUGCCCGAUUGGAAUCUGAGGGGAGUUGGGAAAGCAGAGGGUUCAGACCCAGGAGGUGGCCCGGGGAUGAGAGGGGCUGAGGACCACCAUGGAUUUGUUGCUGAAAAAUAAGUACAGCCACUUCCACAACGACAACGCUACCGAGGCGGCCCAAGGGGAGGCGCUGCUGCCUUCCUCUGCCUCCUGCUCCUCCCUGGCCCCCAUCCUGCCCGCCCAGGGGGCAGAGGUGUCCCCCGGGCCGGAGGACAGCCCCACCACCCUGUGCUCCUUCUUCCCCAGGAUGGGGAACGUCAAGCUCUCCCACGCGGCCGGCCUGCCGCAAGCGAGGGCAGGGGCAGGGGCAGGGCUGGGCGGCGGGGGCGCCGGACACUCGGGAGCUGAGCCUGACUUCUCUCCCCGUUGGCAGGACAUGAACCGGCUGGGCUGCGGAGCAGGAGCAGGAGGAGGGGGGAAGAAGACGCGAGUGGAGGGCGGCCAGCUCGGGGGUGACGAGUGGACACGCCAUGGCAGCUUUGUGAACAAGCCAAGUCGGGGCUGGCUCCAUCCAGACGACAAGGUGAUGGGGUCCGGUGUCCCCUACCUCGUACGGGUGAGUCUCUCCGAGAGCCCGCUGGGUAUUACCCGCUGUCCCCCAAUUACCCCCCUCCUGUAUUACCCACUGUCCCCCAAU